UAAAAUAAGUGAAGUGACAAAAUAAAUGAAACAAAUUGAAUAGAAAAAAAUUUGAGAGUCACUAUGUACUAGUUCGCGGUUAAAUGCCUCGUUGCAUUCGAUAGCAGUUGAUGGCAGUGCCGUAUAGUGUCGCAUGUGAUCGUAUAUCGCAUGAGUGCGUUUCAUUUCACCGAUAUCUUUUUGAAACUAUGAGUAUUUCCGUGAUAUGUGAGUGAUUCAGUGCCGACGCAUCUCGGCCUGGGAAAUCAUCGUGGGGUGAUAGCAUGAUGGUUGCGCGUGAAAGGACGUACGGGCAGCAAAAGCAACGGUUCUGAGGAGGUAUUAAAUAGCCUUGUAAAAUGGCUACAAAAACAGAUGAUGCAGCAUCCGUUGACAAUCCAAAUGAUGGAGAAAGUAUGGACAAGGAAAUAUUAACUCUUAGUAGUAAUGAUGAAAGGAAUCUCCGUAUCCCACCAACAUAUAUGUAUAAUACAGGAUCUGAACAAAGUACUGGUAGCUUGGAUCAAGAACAAGGUGGAAUUAAUCGUAAUCAAGCUACUGAAGAUCAACUUGGACCUUUGCCACCAAAUUGGGAAAAAGCUUUUACAGAUACUGGAGAAGUGUAUUUUAUAGACCAUAAUACAGGAACAUCUCAUUGGCUGGAUCCAAGAUUGUCAAAAUUUCAAAAAAGAUCUUUAGAAGAAUGUUUAGAUGAUGAAUUACCAUAUGGAUGGGAAAAAAUAGAUGAUACUCUUUAUGGGACAUAUUUUAUUGACCAUGUAAAUCGUAGGACACAAUAUGAAAAUCCGGUUCUGCAAGCAAAACGAGCACAACAGAAUUUAAUUGAUAGAAAAAGUCCAAAUUUUACAAGAAAUCCAGACAAAUUAAAGGGUCAAAGAAUAAGAACUACUUUGAUAAAAAGUGCAAGAGGGUUAGGUUUUACUAUAGUUGGUGGUGAUGAUACUGUGGAAGAAUUUCUUCAAAUAAAAAGUGUUGUACCAAAUGGUCCAGCAUGGUUAGAUGGAAAGCUGCAAACUGGUGAUGUAUUGGUAUAUGUAAAUAAUACAUGUGUCUUGGGAUUCACUCACAAUGAAAUGGUAAAUGUAUUUAAAUCAAUUGGGAGUGGUGAAACUGUUACAUUAGAAGUAUGCAGAGGUUAUCCAUUACCAUUUGAUCCGAAUGAUCCAAAUACUGAAGUUGUUACUACGAUAGCAGUUAAUGCACCAGAUGUUUUAACCGAAGAACCAAGCAUGUACAUGGAUUUGGGACCUCCUUUACAAUCAAAUUCACGUUUCAAUUUUCUAGAUUCUACAUUUUUGCCAGUACAUAACUUGCAGAAUGGUGAAAAUCUUGCUACAACAUCUGUAAAUUCUAUGCCUGACCUUUGCAUUUCAGACAAAAUUAAUACAAUUAAGAGACCAAGUAGUACAGAUAUUCUUUUAUCAGAAAAUAGUGAAAUUAAUGAAUGUAAAGAUUCUCCUGUGUCUUCCAAAUCAGAAUUUCUAAGUAUUGCUAUAGUAAAAGGAGCAAUGGGAUUUGGUUUUACUAUAGCAGAUUCUGCGCAUGGUCAAAAAGUUAAGAAGAUAUUGGAUCGUCAACGUUGUAAGAAUUUGAUGGAAGGUGAUAUAUUGGUUAGUAUAAACGAUAUCAAUGUAAGAAAUAUGUGUCACUCAGAGGUUGUCCAAGUAUUAAAAGAUUGUCCACGCAAUGAAGAAGCUCUUGUUCACGUUCAAAGGACCACAAUAAAAUCUAAAGAAAAGAAGGAAAAAAACACUCAAGAUUUUUUCAGAAGUAAGACUCCUACUGCAGAUAUUUAUAGUACUCAAUCUAAAACAAUAAUACCUAGCAGACCAAAAACACCAUUAAUAGAUACAAGAAGUCAUCCUAAAUCUCCUACAGCAGCAAGUAGACCAAACUGGAAUGAAGUACAAAGUGAAAAUGAAUUGAAUCCACUUGAUACUCGAUAUAAAUAUUCUGAAUAUAGUCAUAGCAUGUAUUAUACUGAUCCAUAUAAAGCAAACAUUACGAACUUAACAGACAGCUUUGCUACCAUGACAAAUUUGGAUGAUGAAUCUGUAAGAAAUGUUACAAAACAUGAUUGGGUAACAAAUGAUAAACUGAAUAUAAAUAAUGACUUAUAUUCUAUUAACAUUUCUCAUCAUGAAAAUAUAUUAAAACAAAAUGGAAGUAUACAUUCCGAUUAUUAUAAAGAUUUAUACGCUGUUCAAUCGCAUUCCCAAUAUAAUGAAACAGAUUAUAAUGUUUAUUCAAUUGGUCAAGAACAAAAUGUUGACACUGGUGAAAUUUGGGAUAAGCGAAAGGAAACUACCAGCUUUGAACAUGAACAACCACAUUCCAGUUCUAUAGCACGGUAUCCACAAUAUAGUAAUGAAUUGGUUUGCCCAAUUGUACCUGAUAUAGAAUGGAUUGAGACACUUGUGACAUUAGUCAGACAAGAUACAGGGUUUGGAUUUAGAAUAGUAGGUGGUACAGAAGAGGGAUCUCAGCAGGUUUCUGUUGGUCAUAUUGUACCUGGUGGUGCAGCAGAUCUUGAUAACAGACUGAAUACGGGCGAUUUAAUUAUGUCUGUUGAUGGAGAAAGUGUAAUGAAUUCUUCACACCAUCAUGUAGUGCAAUUAAUGAUAGCUGCAGCUCAAAAUGGCAGAGUUACUUUGGGAAUACGUCGCCGUAUUAAUACUCAAGAACAUUUACAAGAUAAUCUCCAAGCUUCAAAUGAUAUAAUAAUACAUAGUAGACAAAUGAAUCUCCAAUAUCCUUAUGAUGUGACAGUCACUAGAAUGGAAAAUGAAGGAUUUGGUUUUGUAAUUAUAUCGUCAGUUAAUAAAGCUGGCUCUACGAUUGGUAGAAUAAUUGAAGGAUCUCCGGCGGAACGAUGUGGGCGAUUAAAUGUUGGAGAUCAUAUAUUAGCUGUUAAUCACGUUGAUAUAACAAAUGUAUGUCAUAAAGAUAUCGUGAAUCUAAUCAAAGAUUCUGGAUAUUCUGUGACCUUAACAAUUGGUUAUCCUCUUGAUGAUUGUUGUAGCAGCACAUCUUUAUCUCAAAAGGAUGAACCAACAGGAGAAGGAGAUGGAGGUCAAUAUCAUGCUGUUGAAUUAACGCGUGGAACUCGAGGAUUUGGAUUUAGUAUACGUGGUGGACGCGAAUUUCAGAAUAUGCCACUAUUUGUGUUGCAAAUUGCUGAAAAUGGACCUGCAUCUAUCGAUAAUCGAUUGAGGGUUGGUGAUCAAAUAAUCGAAAUAAAUGGUAUCAAUACUAAAAAUAUGACACACACGGAAGCGAUUGAAAUUAUUCGUAAUGGUGGUCCUUCUGUUCGCCUGUUAGUACGACGUGGCUGUCAAAUGCCAUCAGUGAGUAAUCUCACACUCGACCAAAUAAGUAUUCGACCAAUUGGUGAGGGCACCCCACAAAGGCAUUUAUUGAAAUUAGACGAGAUGGGUGUGCACCCUAAAAAACAUCCGAAAGUUCGAUUUUCCAUUUUAUUGAACUGCUGUUCAUCUAAAAAGAGAUAUCUAUAGUAAGCAUUCUUGGUAUAAAUGUAAUUGAUACUUUAAAUGUUUAUACAAUAAGUAAAUAUUUAAUAACAAUAACACUGAGAAAUUUAUAAAAGAAAAUUCAGACUUAAAAAUCAUAGUCGAUAAUUACUAUACAUAUUUUUACUACAAUUGCAUACUUUUUGAAAACCUUUAAUCACACAGUUAAGAUAAAGUGAUAUAUGCUACAGUAAAAAUGACAAAAGUUAUAAAAUGUGGUCUCAAAUUUACAUUUACCAAUAUUAGUUUUUGCCAAUAGGUAGUAUUUUAUGUGAAGAAUAAUUUGAAAUUAAUGUAAAAUAUUCUAACUUUGUUCUAUAAAAAAAUAAUUUUCUCAUUGACAAAUCUUAUUUAAGAGAAAUUAGACUGUAAAGAUAAUAUUUAAAGUUUCCCUUUGUGGAUGUUUUUCUAUAAAUCUUGUUGUUUUUUAAUUAGAAUUUAUCAAGACACCAACAUAAGUGUGGCCUUGAUAAAGAACUCUUCAAAUGAACAUAAAGAUCUUUUAGUAUUUUCUACUAUUAUUUAGCUAUCUUUACGACCAUCUCAUGUCUUAAUAACAUUUAAAAGAUGAGUGGGAGUACUAUUUCCUUAAGUAUUUAUUACGACGUAUCUGAGGUGUAUAUGUAUGUCCAUUAAUAUUUAAGUGUUCGUACAACCAAAGAAGCAAAUGCUCUUAUCAAUCAUUUUCUUUUGACAUGCAGUUUAGAGUAUUGAUAUCAAUCGUUUAUUAAUUACAUUAUUUAAAGAGCUUUAGAUUAAAAAAUAGAAAGUUUCUGAAUGAGAGAUGAGAUUGAUUAAAAACUUUUUUACACCGGUUUCUUCCUAUCGUUUUGCGAUAAUUCAAAGAGUGAAUGUUUAAAACUACAAAAUAUAUAUUUUUUUACUAUCGAUUUAGCGAGAGAUAAAGAAACUUGUUUGGCCCGAGUUAUUGAUAAAGUAAGAAUAACAUAUUAGAUUGUAUUUUUAGAUCUCAGCAUUGAUGUAAGAAACAACAUGUAUGCAUCCAGACACGUAUGUGGAAAAUCACCAUAAUUCAUUAUAUGUUCGAAUAAGUAAUCUCUGCCGCAUAUCAUAUAAAUGAUAAGAAGCAGCAGUCCCUAUUGAAUGGAUCACAUUUACUCACUUCAUAACCAUCGUUUAUUUUUUAUAAUUAUAUAUAUAUAAAUACAUAUACAUAUUUGUAUAUUAUGUAGGAUAUCAUAUAUGUAUCUAUAUAUGAUAUAACUGUAAAUAUAUCUAUGCAUUUUUAAAGACUAAAUGAUCAUGUUGACUAUUGUUGACUUAAUAUCUAAAAUAACAGUAUGUUAAUUAAAAUAUGAUAAAUCUUUUCAAUUCUUUACUGAAACAAUUUAGCUAUCUAUUUGUUUACAUUAACUCUUGCCAAAAUAUUGCUUAUAUAUUUUGAAACUUUUAUGCCUUUUAGUAAUAUGAUUAUAAUAAAAAUAUUUUUUAGCCUUAUAGUAUACACAUAUCUCUUUGAGUAAAAUGAUUAUAAGACAUUUUAGUCUAUACUUGGAAUGGGUUUACAUUUUAUUGUGAUGUAAAAAUUAUAUUUCAUACAUUUCCGUUAUAGAUUAAUAAUGAAACUGGCAGUUAUUCAUUCUGAUGCUCGAAAUUUAUAAGAUCUCUCUCUACCAUAAGAUGAUUAUAUAUAUGCUUGUCUCAUGUAUUUAUUAAACAAAUAUACUUUUGUAUUCUAUGAAUGUAUUUUAAAAAUAUCAAUAAUCGUUAUCUAUAAUGCGCAAAAAUGAACACAGAAAAUUAAUAUUGUUACUACGAAAAUAUUGUGUCAUCAUUAUAUUGUUGUUGAAACAUAUUGAUAUAAUAAAUAAUACAUUAAAUAUUGUGAAGUAACGUUACCUUACGUUUGCUCUUAGGUCAAAUCUUAUAUCAUGACACAUUGUCUUUUUAAAAUUAUGUAAUAAAAAGAAUAAAAUCAAAAAGAAAAUAAAAUUCAUAACAAAUA